AUGGACGAAUACGUUUUCAAAGUUUGGAGCGCUGACCGGCGAAUAAAGAAAACAUUUAUUUCAUCUCCAUCAAUCGAGCUUGUAAUCGAAAAAGCUAGAUUAUAUGGUAUUCAAGGGUAUAAAUUAGUAUUGGAAAGCGAUGGUUCUGAAAUAUGCAGUGACUCUGUUUUAGAACACUAUUUGAAAAGUAAAGAAAUUUUUAUGCUUCUUGAAAACGAAGAAUGGACCGAAAAAACUGCUUUGAAUUCCACAAUUUUUCAAAAAUAUGAUAACACUGUAAACGUUAUUGCCGAAACUAACGAAGAACGUGUUUCCAAUUUUCCUUCGCCAUGUACAGCUGAAAAUACCAUUCAAAAUUUGAACUCUCAACAUCCACCUCAACAAGAAAAUGCCACUAAUAGUCAAUGCGACAUGAUGACCAUUCAUUCCGAAUCUGUUGAUUUAAAUUCCGAAACGACCCUUACUGUGUUAAAUGGCGCUCCUACACCCAUUUCAGAAUGUAGUAAGAAAGUUUUUGACCACUUUCAAAUUCCAUGGAAGAAAUUGCCAUCGGAUAUCCUUGAAAUGCUAGAAAACAAGAAAAAACUUGGCAAAAAAUUAAAUGCAUUCGCUAACUUACUAGUUGACGAAAUGAGAAUGAUAUCUUUCUACUUACCAAUGAGUACAUUGAGGGUCGUCUCAGUACAAGCUGCAACUAAAUUUCCCGAGUCUUUUAUGGAAAAGGACAAUGAAGGUAAUAUUAUAUCUACCUCAAAUAUACCCAAAGAAGGAGAUCUGCUUUGCUACGAAGCACUUGUACUAAUUGGCAGCCAAAAGACUUUUGCUCGGAUGACACAAAAGCUACUGCUGAGGUAA